AUGCUAAUCGCAAGGGAAGUAGCGGUUAAAGCAGCGACGUCGAGGACGUUACAAGCUUUGCCCAAAUGCUUUGCUCGCCCUCACUGCAGGAACAAGGUCCAAACAGUACCAGUACCCCCACACGACGUGUUCAUAAGCCACCGGGGGCCUGAUACCAGAAGAAAUAUUGCCGGUUUACUCCAUGACUACCUUCUCAAGCGGGGGCUUAGACCUUUUAUCGACUACCGAAACUUAAAAGCUGGUGAGAAAUUGUCCGAAAAGAUUGAUACCGCCAUUCGAGAAUGUAAAGUCGGUGUCGUAGUGUUCUCCCGAAGAUAUUGUGAGUCCUACUAUUGUCUCCAUGAAUUGGCUCUACUAUUGGAAUUGCCGAAAAUAGUUAUACCUAUCUUUUAUAACGUCAACCCGUCCCAGCUUUGGGUUGGACAUAUAUCCAAUGGAACUUGUGUUUUAGAUCAGAUAGAGCUUGAGAGAUUCAGCAGAGCACUUGAAAAAGCUAAAACUAUCGUUGGACUUCGCUUUGAUUCAUCAAGAGGAUAUUGGUUAGAGUUCCUGCAAAGUGCUUAUGAUGCCAUCAUAGAGCAGAUCAGUAAGAGUUCCUGA